AUGACAUUGAAGAACAUAAACUGGAAAUCUAUGAUCUUUAGCUGCUACAAGACCCGGACUUCUCAGCCCAAACGGGAUGAACGAGCCACAAAGCAGGGCUGCAUUAACAGGGUAUCGCUCGCAGAUGUUUGUGAUCCCAGCUUGCAGGUCUCCGUCCAUAAUCUCUCGGUUUGUCUCGUCAGCUCCAAUCUUCGCAUAUUUACUCUGGAGGAACUGAGAGCAGCGACCAGUGAUUUCUCAUGGAGCAAUUUUCUUGGUGAGGGCGGGUUCGGGCGAGUGCACAAAGGUUUUGUCGCCAACACCCUUAGGCCUGGAUUGGAGGCUGGAGCUGUAGCCGUGAAGCUGCUGAACUUGACCGGGUGGCAAGGCCACAAGGAGUGGCUGGCGGAAAUAAUUUUCCUUGGACAACUCCGGCAUCCUCAUCUUGUCAAAUUGAUCGGAUGUUGUUGUGAGGAUGAGCACCGGCUCCUAGUCUACGAGUACAUGGAGCGAGGGAGCCUAGAAAAUCUCCUUUUCGGUAACUGUUCCCCGGCCCUGCCGUGGUCAGUCAGGAUGAAAAUCGCUCUAGGAGCUGCCAAAGGCCUGGCUUUCCUUCACGAAUCCGAUAGACCGGUGAUAUACCGGGAUUUCAAAGCUUCAAAUAUAUUGCUGGACUUGGACUAUGCGGCUAAAUUGUCGGACUUCGGCCUGGCAAUGGAUGGUCCAGAAGGAGAUGACACGCACGUCUCGACACGAAUCAUGGGCACCCCGGGCUAUGCAGCCCCCGAGUACAUCCUGACAGGUCACCUGACGACGAUGAGCGACCUGUACGGCUUCGGGGCGGUCCUGCUGGAGCUCCUCACGGGCAAGAUGGUGAUGGACAAGACGCGGCCCCGGCAGGAGCAGGACCUUGUGGCUUGGGCAAGGCCGAUGCUUAAGGACCUCAGCAAGCACGAGCGUGCUGUCAUGGACCCAAGGCUCGAGGGGCGGUUCUGCGCCAAGGGGGCGCAGGUGGUGGCCGUGCUGGCCUACAAGUGCCUGAGCCACGACUCGAGCAGGAGGCCCAGGAUGAGUGAGGUGGUCAGGGUCCUGGAGCUUCUCCAGGCAGAGUAA